CGAUGAAGUGUCUUCUUUGGUCCAUUCCGUGUGCUUACUUGCCCUGCAAAAUGGAACCUGAUCAUGAUGCUUCUAGAAAGCUUAGCAAGCUCUCAGACUCAAGACUAGCAAAUCCACUGCUCCAGCUUCUAUGCCCAAGUCCAGGUUUUUAUUACUUCUGGUUCCUUCAACUUUCUACCAUGGGUGUGGAUGAAAAUUUUUUAUACCUACACAAUCAAGAUAAAGCUCGACAUCCCUUGGCUGUAUCCAGACAUGCUUUGUGCGAUCUAUCCAAUGUUUCUCCAGUGGUUUUCCUCUACCUCUUAAAGGAAUGCUAUGCUUAUGGAACAUGCAAGGCGACUGCUAAGUUUCGAGUUCUACAACAGCAAGCGUAUGGGUUUUUGUACAAUGAUCCCCAACCUGGAGCAGCCAUCUUUGUUGCACAUUGCCUGUAUGUGCUGCCUAUCUUUGAGUCACACUGUGAAGGAUUCAGUCAUUUGAUAAUAUCCGCCCUUCGUCAUUUCCUGAAAGUGGGAAAUGGGAUGAAUGGUAUUUACAAAGCUAAACUUUUGGCUGCCAAAUUAUUUCUUGCCAUUGUUGAUGGUACUCUGCAUCAUGAAGAAAGAGUCCUAGUCAAAAUCCUUGAAGUUUUUGAUGUCAGUCUAUCAAACAUAGAAAAAGCUAUGUAUGAUGCAGAUGAGAAGGGUCACACAUGCCAGACGGCUAAGGUUUUGGUUGAGCAAUAUAUUUCUAGGUUAGUAGAUUCCCAGUCUUACAUGACUGCAGUUUCAUUGUUGGAACACUUUUCUAUCCGGGAAUCUGGCGAAUCAUUUCUACUUAAAAUGUUGGAAAGCAAAGAGUACAGAGCAGCAGAAAAGUGGGCAACUUUUAUGGGGAGGCCAAUCUUAUGCACCCUUGUCCGAGAAUACGUCAACAGAAAACUGCAAAAGCACGCCUUUGAUGUUAUAAGGCAAAACAAUCUUCGGGAGGAGUUCCCGGAAAUAUAUCGUCAAUACAAAGAAAGUAAACUGAAGAAGCUAGCAGAAAAGGGCUGCUGGGACGUUGCUGAGGCAAGGAUAUAUGAUGAUCGACAACUUCUUGAAUACUUGGUAUAUUUGGCUAUGGAAGCUGGUUACAUGGAGAAGGUCGAGGAACUCUGUGAACGGUAUUCCCUUGAAGGCUUCAUAAAUGUCAAAGAGCUUGAGGAAAGUAUUCCAACACACCGAUACUUGCAGCUUGAUGAAUUGUCAAUUAAGGAAGUAGUCUGGGUAGAUGAAAUGAAUAGCUUGCUGGAUGCGACAUGCGACAUUGAAGAAUGUAAAGUUGUGGGCGUUGACUGUGAGUGGAAGCCUAAUUAUGAAAAGGGAAGCCCACCUAAUAAGGUUUCCAUCAUGCAGAUUGCUUCAGACAACAAAGUUUAUAUACUUGAUCUCAUUAAGUUAUAUGGAGAUUCUCCGAAUGUACUGGAUGACUGCUUAACCCGCAUAUUGCAUUCUCCAAGAGUACUGAAGCUUGGUUACAACUUCCAGUGUGAUGUGAAGCAGCUUGCUCUAUCUUAUGGGCAGUUGCAAUGCUUCAAGCACUAUGACAUGCUACUCGAUAUCCAGAAUGUGUUCAAAGAACCAAGAGGUGGUCUCUCUGGUCUGGCAAAGAAAAUAUUGGGUACUGGAUUGAAUAACAGAAGGAAUAGCAACUGGGAGCAACGGCCUUUAACUCAGUUUCAGCUAGAAUAUGCUGCUCUUGAUGCUGCUGUACUUGUUCACAUAUUUCGUCAUGUUCGCGGCUACACACAACCUACUGGUGACCAGGAUGGGCAUUCCAAAAUUGAGUGGAAAUCUCACAUUGCUUCCCACAUUGAUAAUUCGAAUUCGAAGAUUUCCAAAAAAGAAGCUAAAAGGCGGAAUGCCAAGGCCAAAACUGAUAAAGCUCCACAAAGCGUCGAGACUAAGGAGCUUACUGAACAAACUUUAAGUUAAAGUUAGGAAAUAAAGUUGUAUGAUACAUCUAAGUUUUACUCACAUGUAAGUAUAUUUCUUCUGAAAGACGCACACAUUUACAGUUUAAAGCCUUGAACUGUUACAGGUUUGUGAGUAUAUAUAGAACAGC